AUGCAAGCAGCACUGAGGGCCUUCUUCAUGUUGCUCUUUAGCCUGCUGAAUCUUCUGGGGAUUGCAGCGAAUGGCUUCAUUGUGCUGGUGCUGGGCAGGGAGUGGCUGCGAUAUGGCAGGCUGCUACCCUUGGACAUGAUCCUCAUUAGCUUGGGUGCCUUCCGCUUCUACCUGCAGUUGGUUGGGAUGGGGCACAACUUCUAUCACUCUGCCCAUGCGGUCGAGCACUCUGGGGUUCUCACUCAACAGUUCUUCCAUCUACACUGGCACUUCCUGAACUCAGUCACCUUCUGGUUUUGCAGCUGGCUCAGCGUCCUGUUCUGUGUGAAGAUCGCUAACAUUACCCACCCCACCUUCCUGUGGCUGAAGUGGAGGUUCCCAGGGUGGGUGCCCUGGCUCCUGCUGGGCUCUGUCCUGAUCUCCUUCAUCAUAACCCUGCUGUUGUUUUGGGUGAACUACUCUGCAUAUCAAGAAUUUUUAAUUAGAACAUUUUCUGGGAACAUGACCUACGAGUGGAAUGCAACGACAGAAAUUUACUAUUUCCCGUUCGCGCAACUGGUCAUCUGGUCAAUUCCUUGUUCUGUUUUUCUGGUCUCAAUUAUGCUGCUCAUUAAUUCUCUGAGGAGGCAUACUUGGAGAAUGCAGCACAACGGCCACAGCCUGCAGGACCCCAGCACCCAGGCUCACACCAGAGCUCUGAAGUUCCUCAUCUCCUUCCUCAUUCUUUAUGUUCUGUCCUUUCUGUCCCUGAUCAUUGAUGCCACAAAAUUUAUCUCCAUGCAGAACAACUUUUACUGGCCAUGGCAAAUUGCAGUCUACCUGAGCGUGUCUGUCCAUCCCUUCAUUCUCAUCUUCAACAACCUCAAGCUUCAAAGUGUGUUCUGGCAACUCCUGCUGUUGGCAAGGGGCUUCUGGGUGGCCUAGAUGGCAUGGUCUACUUAUCUAGACCCCCGGAAGAGAAAGGUGAGGAUGGCAGAGCUGUGGCCCACUGACAUGGAGGUGUUUUCAUAGGUAGAUGAAUUCUGGGUCAUGCUAUGGGGUUCCUCCUCUGGGAAGCGGAGGAGACAAGGAAAUCUGGGAACUCUCAGCGUGCUUCCCUUCUGUGGAAUAUUAUUAAGAUGCAAUCCCAUGGAUUCCAGAGAGCCAGUCUUGCUCAGAAGUUCAGAAUAUGUUAAUACCAUGCCAUGCUAUCUUUAUGUUUGUACCUCUUUGUUAUGUGGAAGGCUUCAG